AUGGCGAACCGGUAUUUGUGCUACGUCCCAAAGGAGUGGAAGACUCUUCCCGAGGAUACCCUAAAGAGUACCAUUGAAGAUAAGGCUCUCAAACAGUGGAAACAUACUAAGUACCUGGAAGGGACCACCAUCCGGCUGGAGAACGUCACUGCUAAAUUAAACUACUACAGGUUUACACCGUGGAUGCGGAAGGCAGAUGAUUCAAAUGAAUAUCCUAGCGCUAAUCAGUACUACGGAAUUGAGAUGAAGUGCAUUCUUUGCACCAAAUCGUAA